ACGAUGUACACGCUGUUCUACGGUGCUCUUAUUACCCCGAAGUCCCUCACAGAAUACACCGCCGCGCCGCAGGCACUCGUCUGUGUCUCAAAGGUGUCGGGCAAUAUCGAUUGGAUCGAGCUCGACGUGCCUUCGCACAAGUUUGAAGACACACUCGCGAGCUAUGGUCUGGUCAAUUUGCGGGAUUUUGAGUUCAUUGAACUCAAGCACGGGGAGUUCAUCAUGCCCGGGUUCAUUGACACGCACUUCCAUCCUUGCCAGGUGCCAAAUAUCGGAAGUGGACAGGAAUAUGAGCUCCUAGACUGGCUCAAACAUUACACAUACCCAUUAGAAGCUAAAUUUAAGGACAAGUCCUUUGCGAAGCGGGUAUACACGACCGUCGUACGCCGGAUAGUGGAUGCAGGUACAACAACAUGCUGCUACUUCGGUUCGGUGCACGAAGGAGCAACCAAGAUACUUGCGGACUUGGUUCACGCUGCGGGCCAGCGAGCAUUUGUCGGGAAAUGCAACGUAGAUAGAGAGGCCCCCGACUACUACGUCGAGCCCUCGCCUGCAGCCUCCGUGCAGUCGACACUCUCGGUGAUAUCCCACAUCCGCGGCUUGACGCCACACCCGAGCAGCGCUCUGGUACAGCCGGUCCUUACGCCACGCUUCGCCAUGACUUGCACUCCCGAGCUGCUCUCGAAGCUCUCGGAGCUCGUGCUCUCCGACCCGGGCCUAACAAUUCAGACACACAUCGACGAGAACCGGGACGAGAUCGCGUACACGAAGAGCCUCUUCAAGGACGUCCUCCCGCCGCCUCCCGAUGGAGAAGAGCGCUGCGAAAUUACGUACGCGGGCGUGUACGACGCGUACAAUCUACUGAGGGAGAACACAGUGCUCGCGCACGCGGUGUAUCUUGAAGAAGAGGAAAUCGAGCUGAUACACCGCCGCAAGGCGGGUGUGAGCCACUGCCCGACGAGCAACUUCAAUUUGCGAAGUGGGUACGCGAAGAUUGGUGUGCUGCUCGACCGAGGGAUCAAAGUCGGCUUGGGCACAGACGUCUCAGGCGGCUACUCUCUCUCGAUACUCACCGCGAUCCAGCACGCAAGCAUCGCCUCGAAGCUUGUCGUGCUGGACCACGAGCGCUCUUCGUCGGCCAAAGGAACGUUCGCAUCCAAGCAGCUUUCGAUUCCGACGCUGCUCUACCUCGCGACACAAGGUGGCGCAGACGUGUGCAACAUCGGCGGACGUGUGGGCUCGCUCAAGCCAGGCAAGGCCUUUGACGCGUUGCUCGUCAGCAUGAAUAGCGAUGCAGGUAACCCGGAGGUGUGGGGUGCGGACCUAGAUCGCGAGCUCGGUACUAUACCAGGCGACGAGAAGAGGGCAGGGCAGGAGGCAAAGAGGUCAGAGCUCAAGGCGCAGCUGGAACGGUUCUUCUUCUGCGGAGAUAACAGGAACAUUCGGAGAGUGUAUGUGCAAGGAAAGUUCGUUGGUGGGAAAGAGUUCAAGGUGUAAGGUCAUUGAAUUAUGGUAUAUUAUGGAUAUCGUGGCAUUGUUGUGUUAUAGUGUCAUCAGGGCUUCCCCUUGUGCUUCUUGAAUUCGCCGAACUCCCACUUGAAGCAGUCUACACAAUCCUCCUCGUACCUCGCCUUCGGCACGUCCCUCAUGCGUCCAUCCUCGCUUAUCUCCCAGCCAUCACCAAUCUCGAGCUCCUUCUCGAGCACUUUGAAUAUCACCUCACGAAUAGGAUGCUUCCGCACGUCGACACGCCAGCCAAACUUGCUGACCGUGUCAAACACGAUCGUCUUGCCGAGGUGACAGUGCGUCUCGAGCGCGUACCCUGCCGACGCGCACGCCGAGCCGAGACCUGUGCACGCGCCUUGUGGGAUCGGGUCCGCGUUGUGAUAGAUGUGUGUUACUGGUGCAUCGGGAAGCGAGGAUAGCGAGAGCGGGUCUGAUGGAGGGAGCGGGAGGUGCAGUCGUUGCGCGGCGAGGCGUUCGCCCGGAGCUUCAAAGGCGACAGCGGGCAGACCGAAAGUGGUGCCCAGCAGUGAGGCGAGUGAGCCACCGAGUGAGUGUCCUACGAGCCAGAUAGUCGAGAUGGGGUACAGGGCUGUGAGGUUGCUAAUGAGAUUCACGCCGACAUUGUAGAAGAGGCUGUCUUGGAUGAGGGCCUCGCUGAGACAAGUGUUAUCGCAGCGCCAAUUCCAUGCAUAGCAGUCGCAGACCUGGCUGAAGAUCCAGCUGAAGUCGACGCGAGCGCAGCAACAUGAGAAGAGCAGGUUGUCGUUGUACUUGUCCUUCUUCGACGUCGGUCCACUCAGCGUCGUGCCCUUGAUGCUCAGCACAACAGUUGAGUUGUCUGGAGAGGUAAAGACGUGCCCGCGGAAGCCCUCUGUGGGAUCUUCCCAGCCGAAAGGAAAGCUCGUAUUCCACACGGGAUCUAUAUCGUACCAGUUCUUUUGCCCUGGCAGCGCGUAUGCGUUUGCACUCAUACGUGCGAGCUGCGCCAGGGUGUGUUUAUCCUCGACAUCCGGUGCUAUGACAUUUACUUGUUCCCAUUCGAUUGACUCGCUCUCCUGCAGUCGCAGCGACCUCAAGCGGGCAUGCUGCAGUGCGUCUGGAUCUCGUGGACGAUACACCGUCGUCGGAAGAGCUCUAACAAAGAGAGUGGUGCCUGUAGCAGGCCGGCUGGUCACUUCUAGAGGCGUCUGCGCAUCGAUCUCAGGGUGCUUGGGAAGAGAGUAUUCUUGCGCAGGUGCAAGGACGAUUUCCCGGCGUUCGGACCCAACCGCGACAGCGAGAGCGUAGCAAGCAGAUACUAGGACCAGUAUAGCGUUUGUCAACAUAUCCUGGGGCUUGGUAGAGGCAGAAGGAGGGACAUAAGGAC